UUCACCGGACUAGCUUUCAGUGUUGAGGAAUAGGGUGUAGGGAGAUAGACGCGUUUCUUUAUAGAGCCACAACCUAUUGAUGUUUUUCUCUUGAAUCGCGACGAGAGGUUUUCUCUGCGCAUGCUUUACAUUUGGAUUAUUUUCAGUAGUUGAAAACUACGUUGAUAACGGUCAAGUUCAGGGAAUUCAAUAACACGGAUUCAUUUUUGGGACAGAUUCAUUUUUCUAACUUCUGGAUGUUAACAUGCCGCGUAGCCUACAUUUGGAGUGGACGGGCUUAGUGACAUUAAACAAUAUUAAAUCCCAGAAGAGUAAAGUCAGCGUCUAGCCUAUUCCUGAUGUAUGUGGUUACUUGGACACCUGAACUUGGAAUUUUGGAAUAACGGUUUCUAAUUACCCGGAAUAUUUUUCUGGAAUUGCUGACUCCUUCAAUGGGUGCCUGGUUUGGAUAGUUUCCGACAUCGUUGGUGAGUUUCCCUGUCUGCGUUUUCUUGCAGCUGUCAGGAUGAUAGGUUGGUGAAAGUGGAGUUUGGAAUUAGUUUGUGUUCCACUGCUACAAGUAAAGAGCCAUGCUUUGAAAGACAAGUGUUCGCCUCAUUCUUGAACUCAUGUAAUGCACUCAACAUUUUAUUGAUUGAAACAAAUGCACUAAAGACGCACAGAGGUCCCAUGUCCAUUAUUGGAUAUUCUUCUCUGUCGGGUUGUUUAUUGUAGUUGAUAGUUUGCCAUAAUGCGAGGAACGCUGGUCCAGGGGCUUUUCCUGCUCUGUGUACUAGCGUUGGCAGAACACGCAGACAAACAGACGCACCUUCGACGGAUGCCGUUACGCCGACAUACCGGACUCAUCUCCGGGCGUCUGCAACCGGGUGCAGCCGACAGAAAGCGCACCGUCGGAGGGGAAGGAACCCACCCAGGAGCUGGCUCGGACAUGGUACCCUCCAGGCUCACUGCCAGGUGGGGGGUGGACACACAGAACGACCAGGGCUCUGUUUUUCGGGCCAGUGCAGGGGCUGGGCCGAGGAGGAGAGGCGGAGCGCUGGCAGGGGCAGCAGGGAGGAGAGUAACCGGGUGGAGAAUUCCCCUCCAGCCAGGCAUGCUUCGGGAUGAAGGCAUUCCCGGGGCGAGGGCCAGACAAACCCGCAUGCCGAGCAAUGCAGGCUCGCCAAACCUCCUGGCGAGCUUCGCGGGAAAAAACCGCGUACUGGUGAUUUCUGCCCCGCACGACUCGGAUGGUUACUACCGGCUUAUGAUGACCCUGCUGAAGCCGGACGUGUAUUGUGAGCUGGCGGAGCGGCACGUGCAGCAGAUCGUGAUAUUCCACCAGGAGGGAGAAAUGGGCGGUAAGGUGAGGCGGAUAACCAACGAGGGGAAAGUGAUGGAGGAACCUUUGGACACCGCGCUAAUCCCCCGCCUCAUGACCUUCCUCAAACUGGAGAAAGGGAAGUUUGGCAUGGUGCUCCUGAGGAAAACCUUGCAAGUGGAAGAAAGGUACCCAUAUCCAGUGAGGUUGGAGGCCAUGUAUGAGGUCAUCGACCAGGCACCAAUAAGGAAGCUGGAGAAAAUCAGGCAGAAGGGAUUCGUCCAGAAGUGCAAAGGGGCGGGAGUAGAGGGUCAGGUGGAGGAGAAGGGCAGAGACUCUGGCAUGGUAGUUGAAGCAGGUGGACAGAUUGAUCCGCCACCUGAAAGGAAACCCACCGUGAGGAAGCCACCAAGGAGACCUACCAUCACUGCUGCCACGACAACAACGAAAGCGACGACCACGACAAAAGCCACAACGACCACAACAAAACCCACAACGACCACGACAAAACCCACAACGACCACGACAAAAGCCACAACGACCACGACAAAAGCCACAACGACCACGACAAAAGCCACAACGACCACGACAAAACGUCCUACGACCACACGACAGACCUCCACCACUACCACCAGAACCCAGAGGCCCACAAAAGCCCAGACCACCCCACACUGGCUGCCUGCUUCUCGGACCACACCUGACCCCUACAGCCGCCGGGAGAGGGAGAGGUACCUGCCCAAGACCACCCCAUCUGGGGAGAACCGUACGGACAAAGAGGGCAUGGACCAUAGUGGCCGAGUGCUGUCCGGAGUAGCACCCACGCAGAACAAGCCCACCAAGGGCAAACCUACCAAGAGGAAGAAUGGAAAGGUGUCGAACAACGAGUAUGAGGAGAAGUAUGAGGAGAGCCAGCCCACUGCCAGCGACCCAGAGUCAAAGACGGAGGUCAACACAGAGGUCGUCCCAGCCAAGAGGGGCAAGGGAAAACAUGACAGCACCGACAAGAAGAAGAAAAAGAACGGCAGAGUGGACAAGGCCACUAAGAAGGAGAAGGCAGAGAGGAAGGGGUCAAAGGUCGGGAAGGAGGGCAAAAACAACGGAAAGAAGAACGCUAAGAAGGUGUCGAAGAAUGAGGAGAAAGAGGAGUAUCAUAAACCCACCAAGAGGCCUCUGUCUCCCAGGGGAUCCUUGGCUUCCUUCCUGGACUACUUUGAGAACCGGAGACGGCUGGUGAUCAUCACGGCUCCCAGCGAGGAGAGCAAUAUGUACACACAGCAGAGAGACGAGUACCUGGAGACAGUGUGUGAGAUGGCCAUUAGGAAGGUCUCCAUCAUUACCAUCUUCGGCCCUCUCACCAACUCCACCAUGAAGAUAGACCACUACCAGCUGGAGAACGACAAACCAAUGAAGGGUCUUCGACAGGAAGACUUAGAGAAUAAGGAUCUGAUAACAGAGCUGAGGAAGGAGUUCAGUAUGACCACCAACGACUUCUACAUGGUCCUCACCGACACUGACAUAAGAGCCAAGCAAUCCUAUGAGGUCCCCAUCGCCAUGAAGGCUGUGUUUGAUUACAUGGACACUUUCUCUUCACGCAUCCCAGAGAUGGAGAAACAGAGGAGGGAUGGAGUGGUCUGCAAGAAGGAGGACAAACCCAGAUCCCUGGAGAACUUCCUAUCUAGGUUCCGUUGGAGGCGUCGCCUGUUUGUAAUCUCCGCCCCCAAUGAUGAAGAAUGGGCCUAUCAACAGCAGCUGUAUGCUCUAACAAGUCAAGCCUGUAACCUGGGACUGAGACACAUCUCCAUCCUGAAACUAGUUGGCACAGAGGCCGUGGACCAGGGAGGAGUCCUGGAGCUCUAUCCAAUCAACGGAAGCGCCACAGUGGAGCGCGAGGGCCUUUCGGCCUCCCUGGUAAAAGACAUCCGCAACUACUUCCAGAUCAGCCCUGAGUACUUCUCCAUGCUGCUGGUGGGCAAGGAUGGCAAUGUCAAGUCGUGGUACCCAAGCCCCAUGUGGUCCAUGGCCAAUAUCUACGACCUGGUGGACUCCAUGCAGCUCCGCAGGCAGGAGAUGGCCAUCCAGCAGUCGCUGGGCAUGCGCUGCCCAGAGGACGAGUACGGGGGCUACGGCUACCACCAUCAGCAUGGCUAUGACGGUUACCAGGACGGCUACCACCAGGGAUAUGGUUACUAAGGGGCCGGGGUGGGGGGUCAGCGGUGAUACUGGUCGCCGUGUCACUCUUAGGCUGUGUCUGUAGAUGUUUUCUGAUGGUCAAACGGAGGUGAAGUCAUGGCGUUUCUACGUAGUUCCCCCGGGGGGGGUCUGGACCAGGUUCCCGCCAUGUGGUUUCAGCCGUGACAUUGGUUUCAGAUCUACAAGUUAGCGUUACGUUUUCUGCACUUCUGCACUCGCAUUUAGCCUGUGAAUGUGCUGUUUCGUGCAGUUCAUAAGUAUGUAUGGAUACAGGACAGGAGUAGGUUUCUACUUUGAGUAUGUUUGUGGGGGACAGGGUCAAGCGUUUAACCAGUGUCUUGCCUCGUGAUUGGAUUGGUGGAUUGUGUGAUUGGAUUGGUAGAUUUUGUUUUCAGGAAGUUUACACAAAGGGUUAGGGGGUCAUGGGUUAGUUCUUUCCUCCCUUGUUUAAAACUAGGUUGACAAAAAAUGUGGUUAGAGAUCAUCAAUCUUUCUCCAACCAGUCUUUAUAUAUCAGUCUUGAUGUUUUGUAUUAAGAAUUACUAUCAAAUCUUUUUUUAAAUGUCACUUUUUUUCUACUUCAGUUCAAUUUCUGACCAAAUGUAAAUGUUCACAGUCUGGGCCUUAUUGUAGAUAAACCGUGAAGACAAACCAACCUUUUUGUAUUUAUUGGAAGUCUGUUUAAACUUGAGGCUAACAAUAUCAGAGCUAUUAACUGUUUGCUUCAAAUUCAUUUUGUACUUUACUUGGCUUUUGUAAAGUUUCCUGUUGCUAAAUAUUGUUCUUAUUUAUACUCCAUUGUGCUAUAUGAAAAAUAAAACUUACCUACCAAUA